UCUGACGUCAGAAGUGGGUCGCGCAUGUUCUUCCGCCCCUAAUAUAUAAGCAACAAUAUAAAGGUAAUUUUGUUUCAGUCACAGAUGAACUUCGGACAUAAAUACUGUCCAGCAGGUGAAUUCCACUGGGGGACUUCAAAAAUCAGAGGGCUCUAAAAAGACUGACUCCAUUUGGUCCUCAACAUGGGGGUUGUAAUAUCCCGGUUUAGGACUAAGCCAUCAACUGUAGAGGUUUUGGAAGGAAUUGAUAAGGAUAUCCAGGCUUGUGAGGAAUGUCAAGAACUGUAUCAAAAACAGUUGAAGUUAUGGGUGUGGAGACUGCUUCAGUACUCAUCUCUUCUUUACCUGAUGGCUAGCAUAAUUGUGUAUCUUUGGUACCUCCCUGAACAGAUGAUUGGAAAGGUCAUAUUGGUCCUUCCUUUUGUAGUAUUUCCACUAUUUGUAUGGCUCCUUCGAAAGGGGCUGCGCACUCUUUUUAAAAGAAGAACAGAAAAAAACAAUGAAAAAUUGGAGGACCUCAAAUCACAAAAACGAAAAAUGCUUCUAGAGGUGAUGGAGACUGAAACAUAUAAAACCGCAAAAAUUAUUUUGGAGAGAUUUGAUCCUGAUUCAAAGACAAAGGUGCCAGAAUCUAUUCCAAGUGGAACACCUAUGACUCCAAAACCUGGCCAAGAACUCCGUCAGCGGCAUGUCACUCCUCGGCCCCCGGUGGCGGUGACUCCUGCUGCAGCACGUCCUCUUCUGGCACCAGGGGCCACCCAUGCAGGACCGCCCCUCCACUCAGCUCCUGGAGGACCCCCAGAGAGAAUCCUGUCGUCUGAGGCUGCUCAGCAGAGCUUGAUGAAGAGGCCCAUGACCCCUGGCACACCUGUUCCAGGAGUGGGAAUGCACCCUCCAGGCCCACCCUUGGCCAGACCUGUUCUCCCCCGGGAUAGAGGCACCAUGGACAGGGUCAUUGAGUACUUUGUUGGCGAUGGCCCUCAGAAUAGAUAUGCCCUCAUAUGCCAGCAGUGUCUCACCCAUAACGGCAUGGCAUUAAAAGAGGAAUUUGAAUAUGUUGCCUUCAGAUGUGCAUAUUGUUAUGUCCUGAAUCCUGCGAGAAAGACCAGACCCCAAGCCCCCCGACUCUCUGAGGUCACUGCUGAGGCAAAGACGCCCUCACACGCACCCAUACCAACAUCGCCAACACCCGUAGAACCAGCACCCGUAGAACCAGCACCUGCCCCUGAAGCUGAUGAGAGCCCCGCUACUGCAGUUGCUGAGAAGCAGCCUACUCCCCCAGCUGAAGAGGAGAUCCAGGAGUUGGUGACUCUGACCACAGAUACUGCCCCAGAAACAGAAGUGGCAGGAACUUCACAAUCUCUGCAACUCACCGCAGUGAAGUCAGACGGGGAGCUGGAUGUAUCAGACAUGGAGGUUGAAUAGAAUGUCAUUUCAACACAUUCAUUAAUGCUAGAGCUAUAUUCUUCUUUUUUGGGGGGGGUGUUCUUUCUGUUUUUAAAGUAAACUUAAUAAUGGUUAGACUAAUGCUGUGAGGUAGAAUGGCAGAAUAACAGGCAAAGGGUUUGGUAUUAACUUAAAGGUAUUUUCUUGUCAGUUGUCAUGAUACCAAUAUGAGUUUAAUGAUUGGAAUAAAAAUGAACAGCCAACACUUGAGAUUUUACGUCAUGUCCACGGUACUUUUAUGAACUGUACUUUCACUUCUAUACAUUAAGCAACAGCACACUUAGUUCAGCUAAGCGUUUAGCGUUGACGCACAUAUUUAGUGUGUUCUACAUAAGCGGAUAAGCAAUUUCCCACAUUACUAUUGUAUUUGUGACUCGUCUAUAUCCAUCUUGUCUACAGGCAUGCAAGAUGAUGAUGAUAAUAACGAGCCAAAAUCUAGCUAAGCAGUUUGAGUUGCUGCACAUAUGUAGAAUGAGGGUUUAUUUUUUAUUUUAAGUAAUUUGCUACAUUGUUUUAGUAGUUUGUCUUUUGACUGAAUGUCUUACAAUGUCUACAGAAGAGCAAAAAAUGUCCUGUCUGGUGUGAUAUGAAAUAAUUUUAGGAGGCAGAUAUUUAUAGAUACUAUGGUGUACGUUAGUGCCUUUUUAACAGUAUUGACUAGGUUUUGGGUAGUCCUAGUACAAUGGGACUAACCACAUGUUUACACGGUAAUAGUACAGUCAUAGUAGUACUUAUUUAUUGCUUAUGAGGAGAAAUUAAGAUGUAUUGCUGUCCUCUGCACCCGAGUGCCUUGAUGCGUUUUAUGUUUCCACUUUGAAAUGAAUAAAGACUUGAGUCAUUGUCUGCA